AUGACUGAGAUUCCUGACACAUCACCCAGUUACCUCACCACCAACCAAUCAGAAGAAAGAGAUGCUUAUGAAUCUAUAAUCCUGCUCUUUUAUGGUCCACUUAAGCUUGGAAAGGAAAAGAAACCUAAAAAGUUUAUUGAGGCCGCUGCCGCCGGCCCUGGGGUGGCCCUGUCCCCGAAAGAAUUGCUUCCGAAAGGCGAUGCCGAGAAGCCCGAGGAGGAGCUGGAGGAGGAAGACGACGAGGAGUUAGAUGAGACUCUGUCGGAGAGACUGUGGGGUCUGAUGGAGAUGUUGUCGGAGAGGGUCCAGUCCGCGGUUGGAGCCACUUUUGAUCUCUCCCUCUUCGUGGCUCAAAAAAUGUACAGGUUUUCCAGGGCAGCCUUGUGGAUUGGAACCACUUCCCUCAUGAUCCUGGUUUUCCGGGUCGUCUUUGGGACUGAGAAGUUCCAGCUGAAGCAACGGCAGAUACUUCUAGGGCCUAAUUCAGGGCUGUCAGGAGGAAUGCCCGGGGCUCUACCUUCACUUCCUGGAAAGAACUAGAUUGUUA